CCUCAAAAUUAGGUAUAAAAGAGCAACCGAGAGUCACCCUGUCAUCUCUCCAAGAGCACCUGUUCCAAAAGCCAACCAUGUUCGCUAAGAUCGCCAUCUUGUGCGCUGCUGUUGCAGCAGUAUCUGCCAAUCCUCUUUUGGCAACUUCUGUCGUGAAUGACGGAAACAGUAUCAGUGCAAAGACACAAGACGCAAUCGGCAACUAUGCUUUUAACUACGGCACUGCCACCAAUGCCAGAGCUGAAGUCGGAGAUGCCGCUGGAAACAAGCAAGGAAGCUACACCAUCACCGACAUUGAUGGUCGAGCCCGAAGAGUUGACUACGUCGCCGAUGCUGCAGGUUUCAGAGCUUCCGUCAAGACCAACGAACCUGGAACUGCCCUCAGCGCCCCAGCUUCCGCUGCUAUUGCCAGUCCUUAUGCUCCACCAGUCGCCCCAGUAGCCCCCGCUGUUGCUGCUCCAGCCCUUGCUGCUGCUCCUCUUUUUGCUGCUCCAGGUCUCGCCUACAGCGGUCUUAUCGGACACGGACAUCUCGGUUUUCCCUAUGGAGCCGGACUUCUCGCUCCUGGAUUCGCCAAAACUGUCGUCUGGUAAAUUAAGAUUCUACUAAUCUUGGACAAAAAAAGGAUUUUGGAAUUAAACUGACAACGACCAAAGGAAAACAAUUUGCAGGGUGCUAACGGCGUAAUGAGGUUGGGUAUUAUGACUUAUGUAUGAAGCUUUUUGUGCUUAGUCUUUCAUGUAAAUAGCAUUUGAACAAAUAAAAGCAAGUGCUAUAAGUU